AUGCUUCUUCUCAUCACAGAGAUUCCAAGAGGGAUGGAGAAACGUCCGGAGUCAGCUUCCCCUCGCCGCACUCCGCGAGCAGGGAGGGUGGCUAAGAGAGAACAUUCUAGGUCUCCGACUCCCAGGGGCCGCCAUCACAAGGGCACCAAGACAGUGAGGCUCCCUGAGGAACAUGAGAAGAGAGAGGGGCCAAAAAGGGAUACCCGGGAGGCAGAGACCAACGGAGAGGCGGAUAAAGAGAUAGACAGGCCAGUCAAGUCCACGUCUACUGUUGUGGAUGUGGAUAAUGUGAGAGAGAAAGAGAGGGGAGAGGAGAACGAGGAGUUCAUGGCGCUACUAGAGAGUGAAUGGCAGGAGGAAGGCGUGAAGCCGAGGAGUCUUGGAGUGUGUGAGUGGCUACUCAUGGUGUUGGCUCUAACCCUGGUCAUUCUGUUCUUUCCCAUCUCCAUCUGGUUCUGUGUGAAGGUUGUGAGGGAGCAUGAAAGAGCUGUGAUCUUCAGACUGGGUCACCUACUGCGAGGGAGACCCAGGGGACCAGGUCUACUUUUCUACCUCCCACUACUCGAUGUUUUCCAGAAAGUGGACAUCCGUCUAAAAAUGCUCAAGGUCCCAGCUCACACGGUGGUGACCAAGGAUCUGGUGAGCACGGAGCUGAGUGCGGUGUGUUACUACCGUAUAGAGAAUGUGGCUCUGUGCAGCACGGCCCUGUCGGGUGUGAGUGCCGUGCUGCAGGCCCUGGUACAGGUGGCAGACAGAGACGUUCUUGCCCACCACGACUUCACCCACAUCCUGCUGGACAGGAAGAGGAUCGCCCAGGAGAUCCAGGUGGCUAUCGAUUCUGUAGCUUGUCAGUGGGGGAUCAAGGUGGAGAGAGCAGAAAUAGAGGAUCUUUCUCUCCCCAUUGAGCUGCAGCAAAGCCUAGCGGCAGAGGCUGAGGCUAAGAGACAAGCCCAAAUCAAGGUGAUUGCAGCAGAGGGAGAGAGGGCAGCCUGCGAGGCUCUGAAGGAAUCUCUGGACUCCCUCUCUGGUUCCCCGGCCGCCAUCCACCUCCGUCUCCUCCAGCUGCUACACACCCUCCGCACCGAACGCCCAGCACUGGUCCUCACCCUCCCCUCGGACCUCCUCACCCUGCCCCGUGACCCCUCACCCAUAACCUUACCCGCCCCAGCUCCAAACCUGGCUCCAGCCAGUCUCAUCCCAAAAGGGGGAGAAACCAAAGAGGAGCGGAAGACUGACUCGCCGAUGAUGUAGUAGACAGAGAGAAAGGGAAGCAUCUUAAUUCGGGUGCCUCUCAAUUGUCUGAAGUGGCUGCACUGGUCUAAAGAGCUGUGUGGUGGGUACCAGGGAACCUGAUUCUGCCA